AUGUCAAUUGGGUUCUGCGUCACCGAUACGCCGAGAUCACUUGUCAUCGCAAUUGGAACUUCCCACAGCGGCAGCAUGGUCUGGAGGUCGACCAGCGCAAUGCCGCCCAGAUUGAACGAGGGUCCAAUGGUCAUCGGCGACUGUAUCAUGGACAAUUCCACCGUUGUGAUCCUUGGCACGGAACAUGUCCUUCUUCUGGAGCGUAAGCGGGUCGAUCUGGACGAUCGUCGCAGUGGUGUUUGGCCGGUACUGAGACAGCGUAGCCCAGAGAUAGCGACCAUCAUAAUCAAUCCCACCAGUGUGAUACUCGAUAUCUCCAGGCUUGGUCAGAGUGGCAUUGGCAAUGAGUCUGCCUUGACUGUCGUAGAUGAGCGUGUGCGCGAAACCUGCGCCGGGAGUACGGUCGGUGCCAUUGAUCGGCUGAGGGUAUUUCGUGGUCGGGACAGUCCAUUGUCCGGCCGAAAUGAAGUAGCGGUCGUCGCCGACACGGGCCAUACCUUCUGGUUCGCCAGUAUCGCCUUCGAACUUGGUCUUUGA